UUUAUCAGUCUAAGGAUAUAACUCAGUUGGAGAGGCCAAAGUUGGAUGAUUUGUAGGAAUUCGUUUUGUGGAUUUUUUUAACACCAUUUUAUAGAAUAAUACAUCCGGGGUGCUCCAUGGCACUAUAACUGCUAGAUACAUUUAUUUUAGUCUCCAGUAUUUUGUUUUCCCGCUUUCUAUCUGCGGUGAUUUACUUUGUCCAGGUCCAUUCAUGACGAUGUUGCUAGACGGCGGACCACAGUUUCCUACCCUUGGAGUAGGUGGCUUUGGAGCCCCCCGUCAUCAUGAAAUGGCUAACCGAGAAACAGGACUAGGACUUAAUCCUUUUUGCGAAUCAUCGCACGCCACAGCUUUCAAACUUAAUGCUGCAGCGCAUGAGAUUUCCUCCAGUCAAAAUUCAGCAUUCACCCCUCAAACAACGGGAUACGCAAAUGCCCUGGGGCACCACACUGGGCAAGUGGGUUCUUAUGGAGGACCACCUUUCAAUUCCCACAGAGACUUCUUGUUUAGAAACCGUGGCUCUGGAAUCGGAGAGUCUGCUUCACCAAGCACUCAGCAUGGGAUUUUUGGAACUUCUACGGGAAGCUUGCAUGCCCCGUCUGGGAUAACGGACACUACAGGACAUCUGCUUUUCUCUGGGCUGCAUGACCAAAAUCCAGGCCACGCUGCACCAAAUGGGCAUGUAGUGAACAGUCAAAUGCAUUUGGGUCUACGAGGAGAUCUAUUUGGAAGGCCAGAUCCUUAUCGAUCAGUCAGUAGCCCCAGGACGGAUCCUUAUACCACUGCCCAACUUCACAACUACAACCAUAUGAAUAUGGGAAUGAACAUGUCAGCUCAUCACGGGCCAGGGGCUUUUUUUAGAUAUAUGAGGCAGCCAAUAAAGCAAGAACUGUCAUGUAAAUGGAUAGAUGAAUCCCAGAUUAAUCGUUCUAAAAAGACUUGUGAAAGGACAUUUAGCACCAUGCAUGAGCUGGUAACUCACGUAUCUAUGGAACACGUUGGCGGACCAGAGCAAAGUAACCACAUAUGCUACUGGGAGGAAUGUCCGAGGGAAGGGAAAUCAUUUAAAGCUAAAUACAAACUGGUCAACCACAUCAGGGUUCACACAGGGGAAAAGCCAUUCCCUUGUCCGUUUCCAGGCUGUGGGAAAAUUUUUGCAAGGUCGGAAAAUCUGAAGAUUCACAAAAGAACUCACACCGGGGAGAAACCAUUUAAGUGUGAAUUUGAAGGCUGUGAUCGACGCUUUGCUAACAGCAGUGACCGAAAGAAACACAUGCAUGUGCACACAUCAGACAAACCCUAUAUUUGUAAAGUAUGCGACAAAUCUUACACUCACCCCAGCUCAUUGAGGAAACACAUGAAGGUUCACGAAACUCAAGGCUCAGACUCCUCGCCUGCUGCAAGUUCUGGGUACGAAUCCUCCACCCCGCCUGUUUUGGUUUCUGCAAACAGGGAAGAUACUACCAAAACUCCACCAGUACCUCUUCCGAAUACUGUACACCACAACUCUGGACUCCCACCUAAUUUUAACGAAUGGUACGUCUGAUAAACAAACGUGUAUCUUGGACCAGAAUCAAAAAAUAAGAUACAGCAAAUUAUGUAAAUUCCAACACACCUCUAGUGGACGAGGACUCUUUUUUUCUGCAAAGGAAAUUUAAAUAAUCAGAUUUUUAACUUUUCGGGGAGUAGCCUGGAGCUUGGACUAACCAAUAACCACGGUGUUUUCUCAGGAUUAGAAUUAUUUAUUUUCGACUUUUGCGGUUAAUUCGAUAUUUCUUGUUUAAGCGUUUGUUAUAUUUUGCAAAAAAAGAAGAAAAAAGAAAAAAAAAAAGAAAAGAAAAAAAAGAAAAGAAAAAAUCUAAAGAUUUUUUUUUAGAUGGUAUGUUUAGAUGAUGGAAGUUCUAUUGCGCCUUAUAGGUCAUCUUCUCGCAGUCUUAAACCGUGCCAAAGUCCUGUUAUGUCUUGAACUUUAUAAAUAUACUUGUGAAUGUAUUGCUUGUCAGAUGGUUUCAAAUCUGUUGGUGUUCACUAUUCUUUGGGGGAGGGUUGUAGAACAGUUAUAGGACAAUCGUGCUCAUUUGGAGUAUGAUUUCCUUUUGUAACAGCUUUUGUAAAUAUAUAUUCGUUACGCCAUAUUUAUCAUUUGUAAUUUAAUCAUGAAAUUAUGGUUUUAAUACCAGGAAGUGAACAUUAUUUAUGAAAAAAUCUAACAAAACGUUCUGUGUUUGAUAUAGCAGCGGUAGCUUUUUCUUUCUUACUUUUUCUUUCUUUUUUUAUGUACAGUCAUAUAUACCUUUGACUUCUUUCAGUUUCGGUGGCUGCAGUAUUCUUUCAUUUUCUACGUGUACUACAAUAAUUUUGUUUAUUUAAUCUGUGUAUUGACACAGAUCUCUAAUAAGUAUAUAAUCUAUGGGGAAAUGAAAGAUAUGCACCUUUAAGCAGCAGGGUUAUUUCUAUGGGAGCAAGGAAUUUCCUGUAUAGAUUCAAUAACAAGGCUAACAAUGUAAAUCAGACAACUUCUGACAAGGAAAUUUUCAACCCUAUUAGUCCUAGUCAGUUUAGUGACCACGACAUCUUAUUUACUGCUUACAUUAAAGUGGACUUGUUGAUCGGUUUACAUACAUUUCAAGUACCUUUCCUUUUAGGUAAUUUUGUUUUCUAUGUUUUCUUUAAAUGUGGCAUUUUUGAUAUGUUGCAGUACAUUUUGAUAGGAGAAACAGGAGUGUUGUCUUUAGUGAUGUGCCUCCUACUUUUCAAGGCGUUUCAGAGUUCCUAGGCUCAGUCUUAGUAGAAGUUAAGUGAACCCACAUUUCGAAGUUUAAUUGAGAAACUCUAUGACUUAUAAUAAGUUAAUAAAUCAGCAAACACAUGCACUGAUCUGGUUUGGUUCAUAAUACGAA